AGCUGUACAGAAUUACUGGCAGCUGUGUAUGCCUGCGUGUGGGCAUGGGCCCACCUUUCGUCAGAGAACAAACUGAUGAAGAGCGGCUCAACGAAACCGCCGCUGCCCGUGCCCGUACAAAGUACGGCAGGAGCAGGAACCGCUUCCAACGAAGAAUCGCCCAACAGGCCUGCCUACGCGGGCCCAAACGAGCGGCAGAGCCCCUGCCCCCCAUAGUCUUUCCGUCAGCUAGUGCCGUGGCCCGUAGCAGUCGCUGCUCUCUGCAUUUCAUCAGAUCCGGACCUCGGAGCUUUCGCCCAGAGUCCCUGCCUCUCUCUUUCGCCUUCUAUUUUGCCGCUCUGGUACGCUACGUCAGUCUGUGUCUAGGGCCCUAACUUAGCCUACUCGUGACAGUUUGUGCGUGAGGUCUCUGUCUAGCGCAGCUAGUCCGUGACUUCCUCACUGUGUAUCCCGUCCUCCUCUCUAGCGCAGAAACGCAAAUAGUGUGUAAGUAGCUCGUGUAGGCCAGUAGCUGCUGCC